AAUAUCAGAUACUAGUCAGAUGAUAGUCGCAUUUUCCUCGAUUGAGAAUACAUACAGGCCAUCCCCUGAUGCAUUGUACUGAGGCUGGGUGCAGUCCCUUCCGUCGACAUAAUAAGGAUGCAGAGCUCAUGAAAGGGGCGUUUCCUCUGCUCGUCGAGAAAUGCGAUCACUUCCAGGGAAUGCAAAUGAUGCACGAUGUACCUACCUUUGGGGGCUUCCCGCAUGUUUUCCUGACUUCCUUCUGCGACGAGUUUCUCAAGGCUUCUACACUAAAAUUUAGUUUCAUUUUGGGCGUGGGCCCGAAUCAUGCUGGCAUUGACAAUUUUCUCGACACGAAGAAAACUAUCAAUAACGCAUCGUGCUUCCAAAGCUUCCAUCAGCUUCCAGAUAUCACUUUCCCAAUAUUAAAUUAUCCCGGUGGUCUACGUUGAAAAGCUAUAUAUAUUGGGGACUUGCAUAUGAUAUUCGUUUCCUGCAACAGCUCAACCGCCGCUCUCAAGAUCAAAUUUCCUCACCGAAGUUUCCAUUGUAUUAUCACGCAGCCGCUCCGUUCUCUAUGGAGUUCAUCCUUCUUUCGCGGUUAAAUGUAAACCCUCGUCUAUUUUCUUAUCCAGAAGUAACGUAUGAGGAGAAUCUGACUGCCCUAGCUGCUCCGGUACUCCAUGCUACUGCUGAAACUUUGCAAUGUGCUCGUUCAGAGGUUUGCCUCAAGGGCGGUUGCGUCCAAGCUAUUCUGGAUCGUACGAAACCUGAUGGAUUUACCGACUUGGGCCAACAGUACUCCUCCAAAGACACGGGUGACGUUAACGGAAGGGAGCCAACGCAUGCGCAAGGGCCGCAUCGAAAAUAUGAC